CCUCCGCUCACUCCUACGCUCUACACUCGUUCAGCCACCGUACAAUCAUGGUCAAGUCCACACUCGUCGUCCGCACCACCGAUGCUCUCCCACUCGCUGCCAGUGUCGACGACGAACAGACAGAACAAGCUCUGUCCGAGCACAAGCAGCAGGCCAAGCUCAUCUUCCGCAGGAUAGGUGCAAACUCCGAACCACGAUGCUCUAUUGAGAGUGGUCAACAUACCCUGCACUACCUCAUAGCAGACAACGUUACCUACCUCGUCAUCACCGACAAGUCAUACCCCCGCAAGCUCGCCUUCUCAUACCUCGACGAGAUCUCGAAAGAGUUCCAAGUAUCCUAUGGCGCCAAGGUGGACACCGUCCGCAAACCCUACGCGUUCGUUGGCUUCGACACCUUCAUGUCCAAGACAACACGGCUAUACCAGGACACCCGUACCGCAAGCGCGGCCGGCGCAUCGCACAUGGACCAGCUAAACGGCGAGCUGCAGGACGUCACCCGCAUCAUGACAAAGAACAUGGAAGAGCUCUUGUGGAGAGGCGACUCGCUUGACCGGAUGUCGCACUUGUCGACCUCUUUGCGGUCCGAGUCGGAGAAGUACCGCAAGGCCGCACGGAAUAUCAACUUCCAAGCGAUGCUACGGCAGUAUGCUCCCCUCGGCGGCGUGUUGUUUAUUCUCAUCAUCCUCAUCUGGUGGCGGUUCUCAUGAGGCGGGGGUUCCACGGACUAGCUUCACUGUACUCUUCUUUAUUUACGACUUUUAAUGCCUUGUUCUCUUCGCCUCACUCUACUGAACUCUGCCUCGCCUCUGGAGAGGCUACAGAGU